AUGGUUAACAUGCUAGGCACUAACAAAGCUACUGAGUUUAUGGGAAGGGUGGUUGUUAUUGCUUGGCAUAUUUGGAAAGGGAGGAAUGAUUUUGUGUUCAACAGAUGCGCAGUUGAUCCGCAGAGAAUUGUGGAUUCCAUUCGAUAUAUGGAGAUGGAAGUUUUUACUACUCAUGUGAUUCCUACAGUCCAAAUGGAUAACCCACUAAAUCAGGAGGAGACAUCCACCUGGAGGGCUCCGGACAUAGGCAGACUCAAAGCCAAUUGCGAUGUGGCUUUUCCAACGCCGGGGAAAAAGGGUAAAGCAGUUGCAGUGCUUCGAAAUUGGAAAGGAAAGGUGAUGGAAGGCAUAGCAAGGUCUGUUCAUACUGCAUCAAGUCUUGGGGGUGAGCUUUAUGCCAUUAGAACUGCAUGUGAGAUGCUUCUCAGCUUGGGCUUGAAAGAGGUAGAAGUUGAGUUUGAUAACAAGCAAGCGAUCGCUCUUAGUGUUUCUGAGUUGGUUCCCCCGUGGUCUGUAAGAGCCUUGGUGAUGGAUAUUCGGGAUUAUGAUAAGGAGGGUGCACUCCUUCUCAGAUGGGUGAGGAGAUCGGCAAACAAGGCGGCCCACAAAGUGGCUUCUCCAGCUUUAAGAAAGUCUCUUCCUUGUAAUUGGAUGUUCAAUCCCCCUGCAUCUCUUGUAAAAGUUUUGGAAAAGGAUAUUAAUGGAAGCCUUUAA